AUGGCUAGAGAUUUAAGGGUUUGUUAUCUUCUUAUUCUGAUUUUAGGAUUUCUGUGUGAGAAAUUUUUGCGGUUACCUGAGGAAGCAAUCGGCAAGACCAGCAAACAUGUUGCUGCAGACUCAAAGGGACUUGUAGCUUUGCUUUACAGGAUUCUUAGUCAGUUUAGUCCUACAGAAGAUCUUUGCAGAAUAGUGGAUCAAAGUCUUAUGGAUAACUACCCUAUAUAUAUUUUAUUACUGUUGAAUGCUUCCAACUUUGAGAUUAUUGCUGAAAUUAUUGUGGUUUGUGGGGUUGGAAAGCAUAGAAGUGAAAAAGGGGAAUCAUCAAUUAAAGCAUUGGGUCAGAAGAUGUUGAUGGAGAUGAAAAGUCCACUCAGGAUUGAUAAAAGGAAGAUGGAUGCUUUGUUGGUAAAGGUAAAGCUGUUAAAAUCUGGUUAUGUGAAUUGA